UUUAAUUUAUUCUGGUCCAUCAAUAAAAGAUUCUCAAUAUUGAAACAAAACAUUGUUGACAGAAUCAAAACAAGUGGCCAUUCAUAGAGAAUGUGUUCCAGAAACUGUUCCAACAUACAAUAUAUUGGCGCUUAAUUUAGAAUCGAAUUUUUUAAUUAAAUAAAACUUGAACUCAAAUAAAGACGUAAAAUUGUAGUUAAUCAUUGAAUUGAGUUGAAAAUAGAAAUCUUGAAGAAUGCCGGAAAUAACCACUGCUGGAUAUUUAUUUUUGCUCGGAAUGACUAUGUGUAGUGUAAUGCUAAGCUUGAUUCUAUGCUUUCGGUUUUUCGCUAUGCCCAAAAAGGUCAGAUGGAAAGCCGAAGAAGAACUAAUACGAAUGCUUCUGGCUAUACAUGCACGACAUCAACCACAGCAAAUAUUUAAACCACAAAUGCAACCUACCAUAACCACAUAUGCUCCAGCCACAAUUCAAUCACCAUUUCAACCUACUACCGGAACAAUAGGAACAGGAGUUCCAAUGAUAAUUGGAGAAACACAAAACCCUAUGGCACAGCAGCCACAAGUAAAAUUUACAGGAAUUCUUCCAUUACCACAACAACCAUCACCAACAAUGAAAUUACCAUUAAUGUCUCCAAUGGGAACAACACCACAUCCUGCGAUACCAGGAGGAACAAUCUUUUAUCAAGCUUAAUAAAAAAAUGACAAAAAAAUUCAUUUUUUUUAAUACAGUGUACCAAGUACUUUUGCCAUGCUAAACAUCAAGGUUUUAAUUAUGACAUUCGUCCAAAUAUGUGUCAUUUGUAUGUUCGAAUAUGAGGAAAUAUAAAGAAAAAAACAGAGACACAUAUCUGCAUUGAUAGAAUGAAAAAUAAGAACUCAAAAAAAAGAAAGA